GUAUAAAUUAAACAGUUUUUCUUAAUAUACAGUGAAAAGCUAUCCACUAAAUUGUGCAAAAUGAUUAUUUAUUUAGCUUCACAAAUAAUUGUUUUUUUAACGUUAUCAACUAUAUGCUGUUUAGCAGAUCUACCAUGUGCGUAUCGACAAGGAGACAAGCCAGAUAGAUUAGUCUGCGUGUGUAAUGCGACAUACUGCGACACAAUCGACAGAGUUCCGCCUCCACAAGAUAGCUACAUAACAUACACCAGUUCUAAGGCUGGAUCAAGAUUUUUAAAAGGCACCGGACGCAUUGUUGAUGCGGUAGAUGAUGGAAAUUAUGACCGAGUAAUCCAGCUCUACCCAGAUGAAAGAUAUCAGACUAUACAUGGAUUUGGAGGAGCUGCUACUGAUGCUGCUUGUAUUAAGUGGAAGUCGCUCCCCAAGGGCGCUCAGGAGAGAUUUAUAGAAUCUUACUUCAGCAAACGUGGAAUAGAAUACACAAUGAUCCGUGUGCCAGUAGCAUCUUCAGAUUUUUCGACUCAUCCCUAUCAUUACAAUGAAUACCCAGAAAAUGACAAAGAACUCACUAACUUUACUUACACCAAAGAAGAUACAGAGUACAAGCUGCCUCUAAUAAAAGGUGCAAUGGAAGUAGCUACUGAUGAGAUAUCGGUUGUAGCAGCUGUCUGGUCUCCACCAAUGUGGAUGAAAGUCGUAGACCCUGGAUCAACAGCAAAUAGACUUAAGGCAGAAUUUUAUCAAACUUACGCUAACUAUCAUUGCGAAUUUGUCAAGCUAUACGAAAAAGCUGGAGUUCCCAUAUGGGGAGUGUCCACAUCUAAUGAACCAAUUAACGGUGCUUUUAUGCAAACUGAGUUCGGACCACAAGAUACUAUAGGAUGGUCUGUUGAUCAGAUGAAAAAAUGGUUGAAGAACAACUUUGGUCCAACGAUGCGCAACUGUAAUGGGAAAAAAAUUAAUAUCCUAGCUAUGGACGACCAGCGAUAUUUGCUGCCUGCAUGGAAUGUUGUGAUUGUAGGAACAGACAAAGAAAUUUCAAAAUACGUUGAUGGUUUCGCAAUGCACUCCUACAUCGAUCCUUAUACGCCAGCGAGUAUUAUAGAUAUAAACAUGAAGAAUUUUCCUGACAAAUUCGUUCUGGGGACCGAAUUCAGCUCAAAGGGUUCCGAUAGCGCAGUACCCCUAGGAGAUUGGGGCGAAGGAGAGGUGUAUGCCGAAACAAUUCUUGAAAAUCUAGUCUCCAACUACGUAGGUUUUAUAGACUGGAACCUGGCUUUAGACCCUGAUGGUGGGCCAAACUGGGCGAAAAACUUUGUUGAUGCACCAAUCAUAAUAAAUUCAACAAGUGGGGAGUUUUACAAGCAACCUAUAUUCUAUGUUUUAGGACAUUUUUCUAAACUUAUACCUCGCUGGUCACAAAGAAUAAAGUCUGUCCGCCAGAGUCCUAUUCAUUAUACGCCUGAUAAAAAGAACAUAUAUGAUUCGACUCCACCAAGAAAAUACAUCUACGACCAUGUGGCGUUUGUGACUGUCAGAAAUACAAUAGUCGUUGUGAUUGCAAACUAUGAUGAAGCACAGAAUGCCGCUAUUAUGUUUGGAUCGAAACAAGUGACGGUGUUUUUGGAAGCCAAUUCCAUUGUUUCAGUGGAAUUCCCUUACUCUUUAUGAUGUUUUAUCAAAUAAGAUCUUAGUCAUAACUUAAGUGAUUUUUUAAGUCGUUCAGUGUCAUUACCUGACAAGAAUUUCGACAAGAACUCCAGCUUUUAAGUUGUUAUUUUCUGCUUAAAAAUUAGAAAUGUGGUGUUACAUAGUAAUAUACUUGUCAUAAAUAAACAUUUGAUUUUUAAUACAAUAGCUUUUAGUCUAAUUUACUAACCUCAUGGUAACUUCAAUAAUAUAUAUUUUAUUUAUUUAUUCAUUAGCUCACAUGUACAUAAAUAUAAUUCAACUGACAUAAUUAAAUAAUAAAGGAGAGCGACUGGCGGCCUUAUCGCUUUCGAGAGAUCUCUUUCAAGCAACCACUGUAUAAACAAAAAUAUACGUCGCCUUCGUUAAUAAUAUAGUUACUCAGUAUCUGUUAUUCAGUCUUCUAAGCCUAAAAUGUGUUGAAGCCUAAAAUAAGAUCCCCGUUAUCGAAGACGUUGCGUCUACUGCAUUCUGUCUCCGAUGCUAUCGACAUCUUUAUAUGUUUGCAGAAUGACAUAACAGUAGCAAUACUGUGUAUCUUAUGUAUUUUUUUUCGAUAUUAUGUCAUUAGUUCAGUACUGUAAAGAUAGGGUAUGAAUUUUUUGUGAGUAAAAAAUAAAAUAUCAUGCCUUCAAAUCCGUUAAUAUCGCGUUAUACUUCCAAUUUCAUUUGAAAAAUUUCCUUAGUGAAUAUUUUUUUAUAGGACAAGCAAGAGGCUAAUCUGAAUCUUUUAAGUGCGCGCUCGCGAGUAUAAACCCAUCCUUUGAUAUGAAAUUCAAAUUAAAAAAUCGGAUCGUCGUCAACAUGGCUUGGAAUUAGCAGAUGCUACUCGUGUUACUGAAAUACUAUAUCAACUGUACCUGAAGGCGCUUUACAAAUGUAGCAACUUCAGACGAGGCAACUAUUAACUUCUUAAUACAAGAAACUUUAUUCAAAACAAAUAACAUAAUACAUAAAGAUAUACCUAAUAAAUAACCUUAAAAUUUAAUUAUUAAAACCCUUUAGGCAAGGUUCCGAAGAUACUGGCAGCGUUCCCGUAGACUAACCUUUUUGAUAAUUCCCUAUACUUCUUAACUGUAUAUUACAAUUCUACAUCUGUGGAAUGCUCUACCGGUUAUAACGCAACUGAACCUUGAUCAGGUGACUGGACCACUUCCACAUCCUCGGCAGGAUCUAUAUGAAUAGAUAUAAUUUUAAGAAUCAACUUAGAAUUUUAUAUUAAUUAAUUCAAGGGAAAGGUGAUUCAAUUUUUAAACACUAAGUGCUUUUAUAGUGUGAGCGAAUAUCUAGAUUAUAAGUUUGACACAGAUUUUAAAUACCUAACCUACCUAUUAUAUCUAUAUGACAUUAUAAACUCUCUCUGUCUCAAUUAUACCCAUGUAUUUUUAAAUAUUUAUAUUAAAUAUAU